UCGCCUGGGUCUGCAAUUUUGAAUCUCGCUUUCGCUUGUAAUAAAAGUAUCGGUGAGUGGAACCGGGACCUACCUAGCGACCCCAGCUUGGACCCCAGCCGGGACCUACCUAGCGACCCCAGCUUGGACCCCAGCCGGGACCUACCUAGCGACCCCAGCUUGGACCCCAGCCGGGACCUACCUAGCGACCCCAGCUUGGACCCCAGCCGGGACCUACCUAGCGACCCCAGCUUGGACCCCAGCCGGGACCUACCUAGCGACCCCAGCUUGGACCCCAGCCGGGACCUACCUAGCGACCCCAGCUUGGACCCCAGCCGGGACCUACCUGGCGACCCCAGCUUGGACCCCAGCCGGGACCUACCUAGCGACCCCAGCUUGGACCCCAGCCGGGACCUACCUAGCGACCCCAGCUUGGACCCCAGCCGGGACCUACCUAGCGACCCCAGCUUGGACCCCAGCCGGGACCUACCUAGCGACCCCAGCUUGGACCCCAGCUUGGACACUAGC